AUGGAGGAUGAUGAUGACGAAACUUUAGUCGGAAGUCCUCCAGGUACUUGUUGCCCAUCAUCUCCCGUUUUUGGUGCCACCGCAUCUCCUCCAUUACCUUUUGAUCUUCCUACUCCUCCUUCUUCUCCAUCUCACUCUCCGUCCAUUUACAUUAAACCGGCUCUAAAGAAACCCGUGGAACAUGAUCCAUUAAAAGAUCUCAUUUCUUACGCUUAUGAAAUGAUGUGGAUUAAUGCUAAAAAUCCUGAUAUCGAUUCAAAGUCUUUUGCUAAUUAUCGUUAUCCAAUUCCACAACCGAUUGAACCUAAACAAAAGAAAUCUAUUAGGUUUAGUCGUAAUUUGGAGCAAGUUCAUUAUACUCCUACGCAUUAUACUACUGUUCGUCCUCCUUCUCCUCCAAUGCGGCCUAUGCGGCGUAGGACUAGUAAUCCUUUCUCUUUAGAUCAAAAGCAUCCUGGAAAUUAUGAUCAAAUGUUUGCUUGGGCUAAAGAACAAGUUAAAAAUACUGGAAAAGUUAAUUUACCAUUUGCUAAAGAUGGUUCCUUUAUUGGUGGUCCCAUUCAAAAUGUUGAUGAUUUCGCUUUACCUCCACCAAUGAUCAAACCAACCCCACGUGGCAUUCCACGUCCUUCCCCUCCGAGAAGGAUGAUGGUCCCUCCUCCUCAUCAUCAUGUUAAUAAUCCUCGUAUGAUGGUGCCACGUAGUGCUAUUGAAGUUAAACGUAUUAAUAAUCAACAAAUGAGGGUUCCUGAAAUGAAUGAGUCCGGUGUUGUGGAGCGAUGUGUCAACAUUGCUUCUAAUGUUAAAGAUGUUGUGAGUUGGUGCGGUUCAAUGUUGUGGAACACUGCUGUGUUCUAA